UAGGAGUGAAAACUUAUUGCCAAUUAAUUUCAUAGGCGUGGCAAAGAAACCCAAAUAGUCUUCUCUGCCUGGUAGGACGUCACCCAAACGCCAACUUUCCACUAAAGCCUAUCCUCAGAACAUCAUCCCUUGGAGUGCGUUUGUCAAACAAUGACUUUGUAAUGGUUAGAACUACUAACUACACCCAUCAGUGAAGAUGUUUCAUCUGUUGGACUAUUGGGUGAAUGAGCCUGGCUAAAGCACUAAUUGGUCCUUGAAUUGAAGAUUGUGUCAGAUAUGGCUGACCAGAGUGGGGAGACCAUGGAAGAGGAGGAGAUGGCCAGACAAUCUCAAGAACCAGAACAAAGAUCGAGAGCUGUUGUUGAAAACAUUCAACCGUUGCCAGAAACAAGAGACUUAGUGAGAGCAGAAAACACACAAAUGCUUCAAGCAGGAGGUGUGAUGCAAUCUACGUCUCUACACCACACAGUAGGCAGCGGUAAUUUGGCUGUUAGCAAUCCUAGCCACUGUACAAUCAACUAUGUACAUCUGAAGCCAGGAGCAACAGAGGAUGUUUUACCUGCAUUUGAGAAUUUAACUGCCUCAUCAAAACAGAAACAAGCUUCGGAUUCAGCAGUGAAACCAACAGAUGAUGGAAGUGUGCAAGGAGCCCAUCCAACGAAAGAUCAAGCCCAGGUCGCUGCAGAGAGCUGUAGAAAGGCAAUAAGAACUCAUUAUAGGAGUACCUAUGUGAAACUGAUACCAUGGGAGGAUGAUGACACAAAACAUAUCGAAGAUAUCUUUACAGAAUCAACAUUGUGGAAAUCUGGAGACAAAUUGAAAUCUUAUAAGGAUAUUUUCCUGCAGACAACAAGACAUGGUGAUGGCAUAAAACGGGUGAUUUUGAUUGGGUUAGCUGGUAGAGGGAAGUCUACCAUCAUAGAUAAGAUGGCUUAUGAUUGGGCAUGUGGUGAAGCACUGCAGCAGUUUGAGCUUGUAUUUGUUAUAAGAAUGAGGGCAGUUGAACAAAGCACAGAGCUAAUUGACUCAAUUUUUGAACAAGUUUUAGAUGAAGAUACUGGUGUAGAUAAGAACUCGUUGAGUUCUUUUAUCAGUCACAAUCAAGACAAAGUACUGAUCUUAUUUGAUGGCUGUGAUGAGUUAAAGACCCCUACCCUUGAUGAAGCCUCAUUUGGUUCAAUUCUAAAGAUCCUGAACUGUAAGAAAGACAGAGAGUGUUUUGUUGUAGUCACCACUCGCCCCUCUCACUACAACAAAUUAGUGACAAGAUCAUUAAUUCAAGAGCCUGUCACACGGGUCAGGGUUGAAGGUUUUGAUACGGAAGAUAUCAAGAAGUAUGUGAAGAGAUUUUACUCAGAGGAGCACGUUAAAGCUGAAAAGCUUAUUCAGAUGAUCAAAUCCUCAAAUGUUUUAUCUGAUUUGGCAAAGAGUCCAAUGCUACUUCUGUUGAUGUGUAUUUUGUGGAGAGAGGAUUCUAAACUCCCAGAAACACUGUAUCGUAUCUACAGUGAGGUAUUGGAGUACAUAUUUCACAGAAAAACUCAAAUGUCAUCAGAUGAGAUAUCGAAAGUAACAAAUGAACUUGGGAAGAUUGCCUUGCAGGGUCUUUUUGCUCCAAAACAACAGCUUGCUUUUCCUGAACAAGUGUUUGAUGAACCAAAUGUGCUUGAAUCUGCCAUAAAAGCAGGUAUUCUUACUAGACACAAAGUCUUGAAGGGAAUGAGAAGUCACAACAGCAUUGAGUUCCUGCAUAAGUCUUUUCAAGAGUGUUGUGCUGGUAAAUACUUACAAAGCUUAUUAGAAACCAACAAGGUAGAAUUCCAGAGGAACCUGGAAGAAAUCAUCUUUAAAGGUAAUGAUUUUGAAUAUGUUUUGCAGUUUUGUGCUGGUGACAAUAUGGCAUGUACUAAUGGCAUUUUACAAAUACUUACUAAAGUACAAAGCCAGACGCUGAAAGGCCUCCACUGCUACUUUGAGGGCCAGUCAAAAGAUUUACCCCCCGUGGAGUUCAUGAAGAAUGUUCUAACAGAUCAGAUAGACAUUCAUAAAUGGAAAAUGGACACUCUUAAGUCAUUCAUAUACUUUCUUAGAAAUGUUCAUACCCACACAGAGGAAAACAAACAAACUGAUUAUCUUGACAAGGUACAGUCAGUAGUGAUAAGUGGUUGUCACUUGGGUGAGUGUAUGUCAGAUUUGGUUGACUCUAUGAGCUUAAUGACGAAUCUUUCAUUAGUAGAAUUGGUUACGUGCACAUUGAAUGAGAGUACUGAAGAAUAUUCUGCAUUAUCAGGAGCAACCUCAUCUGCUGCAUUAUGGGCCUAUCACUUCAAGAAGAUGAAGAACCUUCAGACGGUCGUCUUGAGUUACUGCUCAUUGACAGUUGAAGAUAUGACACAUAUUGCUCCUGCACUGUGUGAUCUGCCCAACUUGGUUGAAUUGGAUCUUGAGAAAAAUAACCUUGGUGGUUCCGCUGCAUUAUGGGCCUAUCACUUCAAGAAGAUGAAGAACCUUCAAAAGCUUGUCUUGAGUUUCUGCUCAUUGGUAGAUGAAGAUAUGACACAUAUUGCUCCUGCACUGUGUGAUCUGCCCAACUUGGUUAAAUUGGAUCUUGGGAAAAACACCCUUGGUGGUUCCGCUGCAUUAUGGGCCUACCACUUCAAGAAGAUGAAGAAUCUUCAGAAGCUUGUCUUGAGUUCCUGCUUAUUGACAGAUGAAGAUAUGACACAUAUUGCUCCUGCACUGUGUGAUCUGCCCAACUUGGUUGAAUUGGAUCUUUGGAAAAAUAACCUUGGUGGUUCCGCUGCAUGGGCCUAUCACUUCAAGAACAUGUAGAACCUUGAACAGAAGGUUGUCUUGAUGGGCUGCUCAUUGACAGUUGAAGAUAAGACACAUUGAUUCUGCAUUUUGUGAUCAUCCACCUUGCUGUGUUGUUGAUACAGUAAAUUCGGGUGGUACAGUUGUAUGAUAUAACAGUGACUUUGUUACACUCUGCACUGCAUCAUUCCUUGUAUGUACUACUGUACAUUGUGUAAAGUAUCAUCACUAUACAUUGAGAUGAUGAAUAAAGCUUUGGUAGGUUCUGCUGCAUAUAGUACCGUCACUAAACUAAAGAAGAUGAAGAACCUUCAUAAGCUUAGCAUGGUGUCCUGAAGCUGUGACACACACACAAAUUGUAUUUGCACUGCCAACUCAGUGGUUGAAUUGAUUUUUGUUUAUCAGUUGAUCAAGUGUCCCAUGGCUAAGAUGUAGUCACAAUCGAUCAUGUCACCAUCUGUUAUGUAUGUAAAUAAUGGCAAAUCUGAUAUAUAUAUAUAUUUGUAACUGAACUUUCUUAACAAUAAUCUUCUAUUUUUGUUUAUAACCAAACGUUCUCAAUUUUAUGCAAGAAUGCAAUCAAAUAAGAUGUAGUUCAAGGUAUAGCAAUAUCCACUGUCUGUACUAUUCAAGCCAAGUACAAUUUCGCUGGUGGCUGCCAGUUUGAGGAAAAUUAUAUAUAGUCUAUGGACCCUCCUACUAUAAUUAAGUUGAUACACCAUUUGAAACCAUUCAGAUGAAUGGUUUUUGAAUAGUAUCAAACAGUUGGUGCCCCAAAUGGUUUUUGAAUGGUGGUGCAGCUGGUACAGAAUCCUAUGGGGAUUAUUUUGAGUGGUGCAUCAAGGAUCACACUUUGUCAUGACUUUGAGUGAUAACAGGGGGGUGGGGAUCAAUCUGCCCCUGGUGACAAUCUUAAACCAUUUGCCUAAAGUAAUGUACAGAGUGUAUGCCACAGCUCAAAACCAUCUGAAUGGUUUUGAGUGGUAGUACAGCUUGUCAGCAACACUGCUCUAAACCAUGAGUGUACAAAACCAAAGGGGUUGUAAAGGUUGGUGAAUUUUAAAUGGUUUUGAAUUGUGUAUCAGUAGGAGGGGUUCAGCUAUUCUGCUGUCAUGAUGUAAACUUUAUUUGUAUUGAUGGAUGUACAGUUCCACAAAGUUAUGGGGGUUAGAAACAAGACAUGAAAUAGACAUGUAUUCGGUUAAAUAUAAACAUGGAGAAAUAUUUCAAAUAAUAAAGGAAUUUUUUUGCUGUUAGUCAAGUGCCAAUAUUAACUUAGAAACUGUUCCAUUGCAAUUCACCUUUCAUUCCAAUUUAAUUUAUUAUGCUCACUUUUGUGGUUGUCUAGAUGUAGCACCCUGAUCUAGAUGGAAGUUGCUACUCUGUAAAAGCUCUCUUAUUAUUUCUUAUGUUAAGGGUAUUCAUAUAAUAUUAAUUGAACAUACACUGUAGUAAUUCUAUAGUUGAAAGGCAGGAUUUGUAAAGAAUGAUACUUUUGUUAAAGGGUCUUUGUAUGUAAUUUUUGUAGGACAAAAAACACAAUGUCUAUACAGAUUUACAUUAAACUUACAUAGUUUGAAGAUAAUG